CGGAGCGCGCGGGCCUGCGCCUCAUCCCCCGCUUGCCCUCCAGGCGCCCCUUCCUCAGCGCGGGGCGCGCGCUCGCCGGGGCCCUGCGGGGCUGGCUGCUGAGCGAGCCGGCUCCCCCGGAUCCCGACCCCGAUCCGCACAGCUGCGCGGAGCCGCUCGGUCCGGGCACACACGGAAGUGUUGAAGAGGCAGUGUGGACCAGUGAAAACAGCCCUUGCCAAGGUGUCUGAAGAUCUGAGAUCAGGAGCUGGUGUGGCGCUUUCUUACUCUCUCAGCUCUAAAUGUGGUUUGCAAAAUAGAGAAGAACAUUCAGUCUGCUGUUUGGGAGACAUUGGCCAGCCGGAUAAAUGCAGUAUCUAAAUAUAAAAGAGGACUGCAAUGCCAUGGCUUUCUGUGCUAGGAUGAGGAGCUCCAGGAGGACCGAGGUGGAUCUGGAGGCCCCUGAACCUGGGGUGGAAGUUGUCUUCUAUCUGUCGGACAGGGAGUCCCUCCGACUGGGCAGUGGGGAGUACACAGCAGAGGAGGUGUGCAUCAGGGCCGCACAAGAAUGCCGUAUCUCUCCUCUAUGUCACAACCUCUUUGCCUUGUUUGAUGAGAGCACCAAGCUCUGGUAUGCACCGAAUCGUACCAUCACUGUUGAUGACAAGACGUCCCUUCGGCUGCACUACCGGAUGAGAUUCUAUUUCACCAACUGGCAUGGAACCAAUGACAGUGAACAGUCUGUGUGGCGACAUUCUCCGAAGAAGCAGAAAAAUGGUUAUGAGAAAAAGAAGGUUCCAGAUGCAACCCCUCUCCUUGAUGCCAGCUCUCUGGAAUAUCUGUUUGCUCAGGGACAGUAUGAUUUGGUCAAAUGCCUGGCUCCUAUUCGAGAUGCCAAGACAGAACAGGAUGGACAUGACAUUGAAAAUGAGUGCCUCGGGAUGGCCGUCCUGGCUAUCUCACACUAUGCCAUGAUGAAGAAGCUGCAGUUGCCUGAGCUCCCCAGGGAAAUCAGCUAUAAGCGGUAUAUUCCAGAAACAUUGAAUAAAUCAAUCAGACAGAGGAACCUGCUCACCAGGAUGCGGAUUAAUAAUGUUUUCAAGGAUUUCCUGAAGGAAUUCAACAACAAGACCAUUUGUGAUGGCAGUGUGUCUACACACGACCUGAAGGUGAAAUAUCUGGCGACUUUGGAGACUUUGACAAAACAUUAUGGUGCUGAAAUAUUUGAGACUUCCAAGUUGCUGAUCUCAUCAGAAAAUGAGAUAAAUUGGUUUCAUUCAAAUGACAGCGGAAUUGUUGUCUACUAUGAAGUGAUGGUGACUGGAAAUCUCGGGAUCCAGUGGAGGCAGAAACCAAAUGUUGUGCCUGUUGAAAAAGAAAAAAGUAAACUGAAGCGGAAGAAACUGGAAAAUAAGCUCAAGAAAGAUGAGGAGAAAAACAAACUCCGAGAGGAGUGGAACAAUUUUUCUUACUUUCCUGAAAUCACUCACAUUGUAAUAAAGGAGUCUAUGGUCAGCAUUAACAAGCAGGACAACAAAAAAAUGGAACUGAAGCUCUCGUCUCACGAGGAGGCCUUAUCCUUCGUGUCCCUGGUGGACGGCUAUUUCCGGCUCACGGCAGAUGCCCAUCAUUACCUCUGUACAGAUGUGGCUCCACCACUGAUCGUCCACAACAUACAGAAUGGCUGUCACGGCCCAAUCUGCACAGAGUACGCCAUCAAUAAGCUGCGGCAAGAAGGCAGUGAGGAGGGCAUGUACGUGCUGAGGUGGAGCUGUACUGACUUUGACAACAUCCUCAUGACCGUCACCUGCUUUGAAAAGUCUGAGCUGACAGGUGGCCAAAGGCAGUUCAAGAACUUUCAGAUCGAGGUGCAAAAAGGUUGCUACAGCCUGCACGGCUCGGACCGCAGCUUCCCCAGCCUGGGAGAACUCAUGAGCCACCUCAAGAGGCAGAUCCUGCGCACAGACAACAUCAGUUUCGUGCUGAAACGCUGCUGCCAGCCCAAACCCCGAGAGAUCUCCAAUCUGCUGGUGGCUACUAAGAAAGCCCAAGAGUGGCAGCCUGUCUACUCCAUGAGCCAGCUGAGCUUUUACCGGAUCCUCAAGAAAGAUAUCGUGCAGGGCGAUCACCUGGGCAGAGGCACCAGAACCCACAUCUACGCGGGCACCCUGGUAGACCACAAGGAGGACGAAGGCACUUCUGAAGAGAAGAGAAUCAAAGUGAUCCUCAAAGUCUUGGACUCCAGCCACAGGGACAUUUCUCUGGCCUUCUUUGAGGCGGCCAGCAUGAUGAGACAGGUCUCCCACAAGCACAUUGUGUACCUCUACGGCGUCUGUGUCCGUGACCUGGAGAAUAUCAUGGUGGAAGAGUUUGUGGAGGGAGGGCCUCUGGAUCUCUUCAUGCAUCGCAAAAGCGACGCCCUCACCACACCUUGGAAGUUCAAAGUCGCCAAACAGUUGGCCAGCGCCUUGAGUUACUUGGAGGACAAGGACCUGGUCCAUGGGAAUGUGUGUACCAAGAACCUCCUCCUGGCACGCGAAGGCAUCGACAGCGAGUGCGGCCCGUUCAUCAAGCUCAGCGACCCUGGCAUCCCCAUCACUGUGCUGUCCAGACAAGAAUGCAUAGAGCGGAUCCCGUGGAUUGCUCCCGAGUGUGUGGAAGACUCCAAGAACCUGAGUGUGGCCGCCGACAAGUGGAGCUUCGGAACCACGCUCUGGGAGAUCUGCUACAACGGCGAAAUCCCCCUCAAAGACAAGACGCUGAUCGAGAAAGAGAGAUUCUACGAGAGCCGCUGCCGGCCGGUGACGCCAUCCUGCAAGGAGCUGGCCGACCUCAUGACACGCUGCAUGAACUAUGACCCCAACCAGAGACCCUUCUUCCGUGCCAUCAUGAGAGACAUCAACAAACUAGAAGAGCAGAAUCCAGACAUUGUCUCGGAAAGGAAGCCAGCCACCGAGGUAGACCCCACGCAUUUUGAAAAACGUUUCCUCAAGAGGAUCCGGGAUUUGGGUGAGGGCCACUUUGGAAAGGUGGAGCUGUGCAGGUAUGACCCCGAGGGGGACAACACUGGGGAGCAGGUGGCAGUCAAGUCCCUGAAGCCCGAGAGCGGCGGUAACCACAUAGCUGACCUGAAGAAGGAAAUAGAAAUCCUGAGGAACCUCUACCAUGAGAACAUCGUGAAGUACAAAGGCAUCUGCACUGAGGACGGAGGAAACGGUAUUAAGCUCAUCAUGGAAUUUUUGCCCUCGGGAAGCCUUAAGGAGUAUCUUCCAAAGAAUAAGAACAAAAUUAAUCUCAAACAACAGCUAAAAUAUGCUGUGCAGAUUUGUAAGGGGAUGGACUACCUGGGGUCUCGGCAGUAUGUCCACAGGGACUUAGCCGCAAGGAAUGUCCUCGUAGAGAGUGAACACCAAGUGAAAAUUGGAGACUUUGGUUUAACGAAAGCCAUCGAAACGGACAAGGAGUACUACACUGUCAAGGACGAUCGGGACAGCCCUGUGUUCUGGUAUGCGCCGGAAUGUUUAAUUCAAUGUAAAUUCUAUAUUGCCUCUGAUGUCUGGUCAUUUGGAGUGACUCUGCAUGAGCUGCUUACCUACUGUGAUUCAGAAUACAGUCCCAUGGCCUUGUUCCUGAAAAUGAUAGGCCCAACUCACGGCCAAAUGACAGUGACAAGGCUUGUGAACACGCUGAAGGAAGGAAAGCGUUUGCCAUGCCCACCCAGCUGUCCUGAUCAGGUUUAUCAGCUUAUGAGAAAAUGCUGGGAAUUCCAACCAUCCAGUCGGACAACUUUUCAGAAUCUUAUUGAAGGAUUUGAAGCAAUUUUAAAAAAGCAUGAAUAACAUUUAAAUUCUGCUUUUUGUUAAGUCCUCUUCCCAUAACAAAUACUCAAGUCAUAAAUUUUUUUUAAUGGAAAAAGUUUGUAUUACAUCUAAAGGGCCACUCACCAUUAACUUGAGAAUGUAAUGUAUGUAAGGACUUCCUCCUUAUAUAUGGCUCCAGUAACUUAAUGACAAACAGUGACAGCCAAAAUAUUAGAAAGAACUCUUUCUUCUGGAAGAUCACCACCAUGACUCUGGCUAGCUUACCCUCACAACUGGAUACCAAAGUGGGAAUCUGGGAAACAGGAAGAUUGCUUUUCCCCACUACUAUAGCCUGAGAUGUUUUUUCUGGUACAAUUAAUUAGUCAUAGAUAAAAAAGACUAAUGACCUUGGCUGAUAUUCCAACAGGCUUCAAAUUUCAUUCUCUACACAGUGAAAGAUCAAACAGUCUUAAAAUAUUAGGUACCAGUUAGUAUACUGUUAUGCCUGUCACUAGUAGGGUUAGACGUUGUUUCUUCAGUUCCCUUGGGUGAUUGCUGGUACCAUGUCUUGAUAAAACUGGUUAUACACAGGGGACAGCUAUGGGAUACUUUGCUGCAUGUUACCUUCUUGAGAACUCAGCCUGUGCCAGUGCUCUCCUAGGCAGUCUGUCGUCAUCAGAAUGGACUCUCAGAAUCUGGAUGCUAUUAUACCUGCUUUCAAGAUAUCUCAGUGUAUACGCUUUCUAAACUAUCACUUCGGGCAAGCUGUUCCAGCACUGAUUUUUGAUGCUGUAUGCAACCAGUCAGAAUAAAUACCACAUCCAUACACUGUUCUUGAGUGUUUCAAAAUCCCACCCAAUAACAAGGAGCAGUCAGUAUUUUGACACUGCGGUGUACAUCCUGAAGACCCAGCUAGGAAGCACCAUGGAGUUCACAAUCCACUAAACUGGGUAAUCAAAAAUAUUUAAGUCUGACUCAGUGUGAACCACAAAAUUCUUUAUGAACCAAGAGUGUGUGAAAUUUUUUCUUAAUAUUGGCUAGUAUGUGUCACCUUAUGUUUCACUUUGAGUCAAAAAAAAAAAGUUCAGGCAUGACUCAAUGGCAGUAAUAAACUUGCCAUUUAAAUUUGUUGUACAGUCCUCUAGCACUGAGGGUUCUUUCCAUGUCAAACCUGUGGCCACUCUCUGCACUUUCUUUACUGUUUAUACAAAUAAAUAUACUAAAGACUUUA